AUGAACAACUUCGGUGUCAUCGAAGUCGCGAGCGCCAAAACCACUAACGCGCCGGGAUGGGCCUAUGUGCCCGACACAGGCGCCACCGCGACCCCCAGCCAGUCUGUCUCCGCCGUCCACCUGCACGUCAACCGGAACAAGCGCGCCGCUCGCAAUGCGAACCAAGCCCCGGGCUCGAACGCCAACGUGCAAAAGGGCAUCUCGGCACGACACGACGCCAAGAUCCAGAAGGAAAUCGACGAGCUACAGCGGGACAACUUCGGCGGCCGCGAUGGCCAGAUCCCGAUACCGAGUGGUGGGAGGGAUAAGGACGGCAAGAUCAGGGGGCACACGCCCAAUGUGAGGAAGAUACUGGCCAGUCAGAAGACAUUCGCGAAUCACUUGGACGACUUCGAGGCCUGGUGCCGGACGCAGAGCGAGGCGCCGGUGAGGAGUCAAGCACAGAGUUUGGAGGGCACCCCCGCGCCGUCUGCCCCAUCCGGAGGCAGCAGAAGACCAGCGGCGGCAGCGGCUGCUGCUGCGACCAAGAAAGGUGGCGCGUCAAGUUCAAAAGGCAAGACAUCUACUGGUGGCAACAAGAAGUCCGCAACACCGGUAUCCACACCAACCGCCGACGUCGACAUCGCCAUGACAGACGCACCACCGCCGACCAGUGCUGCCGACCAGCCCGAGUCCGCCGCGCCGCCCGCCGAGGCCCAGUCCGAGAUCCUCACACCAUGCACCCGCUUCCAGCCGCCCUCGUGCCCUGGGGACGCCGACCCGCUGCUGGAGUCGUGGCUGCCGCCGCUGCCCACGGACGAGGAGCUGCGCGAGCUGCUGCGCGCCCCGCCGCUCAACUAUAACCAGGCGCGGGGCGUGUGGACCGAGGACGACAGGCGGUACCCGGCGCGCCAGUUCUGCGAGGUCUGUGGGUACUGGGGCCGGGUGAGGUGCAUGAAGUGCGGGACGAGGGUGUGCGCGCUGGACUGCCUGGAUGUGCAUCGCGAGGAGUGCGUCACGCGGUAUGGGCUUUGA